UUAAAAUGUUUCAUAUGACUCUGAUUUGACAAAGCAUUUUUAUAUUCUCAUAUCUGCUGAUUUGUUCGAAAUUAUCUAACCUGAUCAAAACUGAGACUGUUUAGAUAAAUUAUAAUAGCGAUGAUAAACAUUUUGACAAAGUUGUUGAGCGUUGCCGAUAUGAUAACGUGUUUGAUAAUUUUAAAGUUGAUAUUAACCUGCUCCUCGGAGCCACAUUGCUCCAAAUUUCAUUAUGAGGAAAAACUACUGGAAAAAAUGAUCAGGACAGAAAUUCUUGUUGAAAACAUGAAAAAACAAAUAGAUGACAUAGAAACUAGAGUUACUGGGACAUUAGCCAAACUUAACGAAGAUACAGUCAAAUGGAAAGGUGAAAUAGAAGCAAUGCAAGAUAACAGCAAUACAAGUCUUCAACUGCUCCAGGAGAAAGCAAAAAGUGAUCUUGACAAAAACAUGCAAGAAGUGCAAGACCUGAAAGCAAAAGUUGUAUCGCCAAAAAUUGCUUUUAAUGCAAGAAACAUAAAGAACAGAAAACCAGGUGCUGGCGACACCAUUAUAUUCACUGACAUUCUCCUUAACCUUGGUGACAGUUACAACACUGAUACUGGAGUAUUUACUGUUCCACUUGGAGGCAUUUAUCUGUUUACUGUUCAGUUAUGUAUUUAUACUAGUUCAUAUAUUGAUUUUGGAUUAGUGGCUGAUAAUGUUUAUAUGGAUGAGGCAAGGUACAGAGAUGAUUCAGGUCAUAUUUGUUGCUAUAAGUUAACCACAACUGUCCAUAUCAAGUCUGGAACCAAAGUUUGGGUGAAGGUCAUAUAUCGCACGGAAAGUGGGGACACUUUGUAUCACAAUGACGCACACUACUGGACAUCAUUCUCCGGAGUUCUUAUUCACAUAGAUUAACAGAUAACAUACAACAUAAUUUUAAGCUAAAAAAAAUAAGUAUAGAUCAUUAUCUUGGUCUCUACAAUCGCCAUGAUUUUGUUGUGUUGAGAAUAAUAUGAAAAUGUUAGAAUGAAGAAUGUUUGUUAAUAUCCAUAAAAAAGACUUUCGCAUGAAAUCAGUCAUCCUUGUAUUAUUUUGCAAACUCGAGAUUUUGUCGAACACGGAAAAACAUAUUUUUAUGGUUUAAAUGACAUAAAUACUAUUUAUUGAAAAAUGAACCACACAAUCAGUGAUAAUUAACAUUGUGAUUGUAACAGUAUUGAAAUUUUAAACAUUAUACUCAUAAUAGCGCAAUAUCCUUAAAUUGCGAAAACACGCUAAUUGGCGGAGGCGCUAAUAAGCGUGUUGGCGCUCUGCUGUUUAAAUAAAAAAAACUCGUCCCGCGCCCCGCCUGGCAAAGUUUUAUUUAUUAAACUUGCCCUUCGCCCCGCUAAUUAGCGUGUUUUCGCGCCGCGCCCCCGCCAUUUUAGCUUGUUUAUUAUCGACUUUUUGCUUGGCAGGGUCUUGUGGCGAAAACACGAAUGGCACAAAUCAACCGCCAAAGGAUAUACAUUAAUCAAGCAUAUCACGAUCAAAUCUGCCAUGCAUAGUCCAGGACGAUUCAAACCGAAACAAUUACUCGAACAGGUUCGAUCGUAUAUUUGUCUUAGGAAUACUGGCCGCCUACAUAAAACCCUUUUAUUUUAUUAAUAUUUUUCUGUAAGUAUAAUUACCAGUAUUUAUUUGAAAAGGAUAUAAAAGGUUUGUCAUGAUAAUAGUAUCUGCAAUGAAAAUUUGCAAAAAUCAAAAUAAAUUUUCAUCUUUAUUGAUGUUCUUGCUUUUAAAUACAUGUUACUGUCUAUUAAUUUUGUUAAGGAAAUUAUCAAAAGAAUAAUUCCAGACAUUGCAGUCAUUUGUUCCUAAAAACCACGUGCUUCGGAUGGUGAAAGAGAAAAUCAUAAAUUACUGCUUUAAUAUAAGCAUUAUAAAACUUUGAAUAUGACAUGAACUUAAACAUGAUAUUCACAAACAAUGUAAAACAUGUAUUCAAAGUUUAUAAGUUUUUUAACUAAACUUUUUGAUGGAAAUGAAUUCAAAACAGAUUAUAAAAAAGAAAAACACCUGACUUGUAAUGGGGGAUAACUAGAAUAAAUAUGAACAUAUUGACAUGCCAGGCUUGUCUUCCUUCUAAGAAAUACGAUAUUUCGUAUAUGUGAAAUAAUCUGUUCUCGCAUAUUGCUAUUAUAUUGUGUUUGCUUUUGUAUUUAUAUAUUUCCGGUGUCGUGUCUGGGGCCUGUAGACGAUAGCAAAAGCAACAUGUUGCUCCUUAACAAGGCGGAUGGACCCUCUUAUAAGCCAAAUAGAUUUAGAAAACUGUCUCCCUUAUCGGGUAUGCUACCUUAUUAGAAUGUUCAUUCGAACAAGAGGUAGUUUUUGGUAUCGUCUACGGACCCCUGACAUGACACCAGAAAUGCUCUUUAUAGUUUGUAUUGAAAGACAGUAUGACUGUAAUUAACUCUACGCAAUAUAUCUUUUGUAUCUUGUAUACUUUAUAAUUUGAUAGUCAAUUUCUAGUUUUUGCAGAGUAAAUACAAAUUCGAUGUGGUUUUUAUAUAAAUGAGGUCUGUUACAUACAUUUUAUGUCAUCCUAUGAGAUAAAUGUAAAUAUCAGCAUAUCUCCAUAUAUUUAUUCGAUUAUAACAAAUGAUAUUUGCUUAGAUGUUAUGAUUUGUAAUUUAUUGUACAUAUGCCAUGCCCUGUUUUUGUUCGUUUUGUAAAUAUAUUUUGCUCUUCAAUAUUGGAGGAAUAAAAAAGUAUCUAUA